UGCUUACAACAAGCCACCGCCACCCCCCCGCCACCCCUGCCUCCGGUAGUCAAGGUGACCCCACCACCACCAUCUCCGUGCCCACCCCCUCCUCCGGUAGCCAAGGCAUCCCCACCACCGCCACUACCUCCACCUCCACCAUCGCCACCAAGGAACACCAAAGAGUGUGCUCCAUUGUGUGUGGUUCGGUGCAAGAACCAUUCGAGGAAGAACAUAUGCCUGAGGGCGUGCGUAACAUGCUGCGCUAGAUGCAAGUGUGUUCCACCGGGGCAGUAUGGAAACAGAGAGAAAUGCGGCAAAUGCUACGCCAACAUGACCACCCGCGGCGGCAAGCUCAAGUGUCCUUAAUUCAGCACAAUCUGCAAAUUUUCUUCACUCCAAAACCAAGAUAAAUUAUGAGAUUUGCUCUACCUUAUGUUAUAUUGAUGGAGUGAUUAAUAAAUAGUAGCAAAAUGGAACUAGAAAGUUUGUUGAUUCUGCCAAAUCUAUGAACUCGAAUAUAUGUCUGUUUUCGCA